GUCUUUCUCUUCCGUCCUAUCUUAGUCCUCGUGCUAGUACAAGAAUAACCCCGAUUUCCGUCCGCUUCAAAGCCACAAUGGCCGAGCUUAUCGAGAAGGCUAAACGCGCCGCUGGAAAGGCCGCUGUCGAAAACCACUACCCCAAAGAUGCCAAAUUUGUCGGUAUUGGCAGUGGUUCUACUAUUGUGUAUGUUGUUGAGGCCAUCAAGGAGCUGGGAAUCGAUACCUCUGGCACGUGUUAUGUGCCAACGGGCUUCCAGUCCAAGCAGCUGAUCGUCUCGGCCGGCCUGACAGCAGUGGAUUUCGAUGCCAUUCCCGAAGGAACAGUGCUUGAUAUUGCGUUCGACGGUGCAGACGAGGUGGAUGAUGAGCUUAACCUUAUAAAGGGCGGUGGUGCUUGUCUUUUCCAGGAAAAAAUUGUUGCUCUCCAAGCCAAGGAGUUCAUUUGCGUUGCCGAUUCAAGAAAGUUGCAGUCCCGCCUCCUGUCUAACUGGAAGUACAUUCCCAUUGAGGUUGCUCCGAUAGCUGCUAAGCGGGUGCUACCUGCUCUGAGACAGCUGGGCAGCAUCAAUCCUGUACUUCGGCCGCAGACUGGAUCCAAGCUAGGCCCAUUGAAAACUGACCAGGACUUUUACAUCAUCGAUGCACCUUUCCCAACUCUUUUAACAAAAGCGGACGUUGCAGCUGGAAAGGACGGUAGCGGAAAGGAUGGCAUUUGGGAGGUCGACGCUUUGUCACUGGCGAUUAAGCAAAUUCCCGGCGUUUUAGAUGUUGGUAUCUUCUCUGGAGUGACCGGGCCUCAGGCCCAGGCGCUCGGCGGCAUUGGAGGCCAGAAGCCCGUUGCGGCUUACUUUGGGAUGCCUGACGGCUCAGUGCAGGUCAGAAAAGCGGACGCUUGAGGUAUCUCGACAAUGGUGCAUAUAAGAUCAAAUUGGUGAUAAAGUAAAUACGAGUAAUACGAUUAGAUUCUACAUAGAU